ACAAGUACAUACAUAGAGUUAGAGACAUGGUGUUGAACAUAACCUCUAUCAAGACUUCAUCUGAUGGAAUGUGGCAAGGCGAUAACCCCCUGCAUUAUGCAUUUCCAUUGCUAAUAAUUCAGACUACACUCGUCAUUUUUAUCAGUAGAUUGCUUUCGUUGUUCCUCAAACCUCUACGACAACCUAAAGUGAUUGCCGAGAUACUUGGGGGAAUCCUGCUAGGGCCAUCGGCAUUAGGCCGGAACAAGGAAUUUAUUUUGUGGAUUUUCCCCUCUUGGAGCACCCCGAUUUUGGAAUCAGUGGCGAGUAUCGGUCUCCUGUUCUUCCUUUUUCUUGUUGGCCUUGAGCUUGAUCUCACCUCCAUUCGUCGAAGUGGAAGGAGAGCAUUCGGUAUUGCUGCAUCUGGGAUCUUGCUACCAUUCUUGUUUGGUAUAGGAAUCACAUUCUUACUCAGGAAAACAGUUGUCGGAGCAGACAAAGUCGGUUAUGUUCAAUCUUUAUUAUUCAUGGGAGUUUCGCUCUCCAUCACCGCCUUCCCAGUGCUUGCUCGAAUACUAGCAGAGCUUAAAUUACUAACUACUCAAGUAGGAGAGACAGCCAUGGCAGCAGCAGCAUUCAACGAUAUUGUUGCCUGGGUACUGCUGGCUUUGGCAGUGGCUCUUGCUGGCGGGAGCCACAAGAGCCCGUUGGUGUCACUAUGGGUCUUACUUUCCGGUACAGGAUUCAUCAUUUUUAUGGUAGCUGUAGUCCGUCCAAUGAUGAAGUGGGUGGCCAGCAGGUGUUCAAACUCGGGCUCUAAUGCAGAAGAAGGCUAUAUAUGUUUGACACUUGCUGGAGUAAUGUUGUCAGGUUUCAUGACAGAUCUUAUCGGGAUUCAUGCCAUAUUUGGUGCAUUUGUUUUUGGUCUAAUGAUUCCAAAGAACGGGGAAUUUGCAGGAAGGUUGAUAAGAAGGAUAGAAGAUUUCGUUUGUGGCCUUCUGCUGCCACUUUACUUUGCUUCAAGCGGGCUGAAAACUGAUGUAAAUAAGAUACACGGCAUAAAGGCAUGGGGGCUGCUGGUGGUAGUAAUUAUGACUGCUUGCACUGGGAAGAUCCUUGGUACAUUUCUUAUGGGAGUAUUGUGCAUGAUUCCAGCACAGGAAUCGUUAGCUUUGGGAUUACUGAUGAAUACCAAAGGUUUGGUUGAGCUUAUCGUUCUCAACAUUGGCAAGGAAAAGAAGGUACUUAAUGACGAAAUGUUUGCUAUACUAGUGAUGAUGGCGCUGGUUACUACAUUCAUGACUACACCAAUGGUGAUGGCUGUAUACAAACCUGCUCGGAACAUCUACUCCAUAGUCCACCAUCGUUCACUUAAAGAGUCAUCCUCCCACUAUUUACAGACUCUCAAAGCGGAGCUUCGGGUCCUAGCAUGUGUCCACGGGUCAAGAAACUCUCCUUCGAUGAUCAACCUAAUAUACUCUAUCCAGUCUCCCAACACCUACUCCAACAUGAAGCUCUAUAUCAUGCACUUGGUUGAACUAACCGAGAGGUCCUCAUCCAUAGUGAUGGUGCAGCAGGCCCGUAAGAACGGAGUCCCUUCUUUUGAGUCAGCUGUAUUGAAAGCAAACAAAGUGAAGAUUCGGUCCUCAACAGCCAUCUCAGCACUGCCAACAAUGCAUGAAGACAUAUGCCAUGUGGCAGAUAAGAAGAAGGCAUCAAUCAUCAUUAUACCCUUCCACAAUCAGUGGAGAAGGGGAAACAUAGAAGAAGAAGUAGCAGACAUUGGUUUGGGUUGGGAAGUGGUCAACCAAAGGGUCCUUACACAUGCACCAUGCACCGUUGCGUUGCUGGUGGAUCGUAACGUGGUUGCUAGCAUCCUUAAAAGGAUCUGUGUGGUGUUCAUAGGCGGUCCUGAUAAUCGUGAAGCCCUUGAGUUGGGCAGCAGGAUGGCAGCACAACCUGCUACUAAGGUGACCAUCAUUAGGUUCCUAAUGCAACAAGGGGACAAUGAGAAUGGUCUUUUCAAAGAACCAGAAGUUGCAGACACAGAAAAGGAACUAGACGAGAUAUCAUUAGAAGAAUUCAAAAGGCGAUGGGAAGGAGAAGCUGAGUAUUUGGAGAAGGCAACUCAUGGAAUCAAAGAAGAGCUACUCGAGAUAGGGCAGAGCAAUGAGUUUGAGCUGGUGAUCGUAGGCAGGGGUAGGUUUCCAAAGGCGUUUGUUUCAGGAAUCCUUGAACGUGAAGCUCAAGAUUCAAGAGAACUGGGACUUGUAGGAGGCUUAUUAGCAUCUUAUGAUCAUGGGAUUGGGUCUUCUGUACUGGUGGUUCAGAAACACGAUCUAGCUAAAGAAGACCAAGGCCGAAUCAUGUUUACCCAACAUUCCGUCUAAUAACAUGAUGACAGAGCUGUAACGAAUCCCAUGAUUGACAUGUGAAAUAAACUUACAAAAUUAUACUACAUGUCGACAUGUCGUAUGACCUAUAUUCACCUACUCGGAUAGAGCCAUAACCUAUAUUGGCCAGGGUUCCACUCAAUUAC